AUGCUGUACGAGUUGAUUGCUAUUGUCCGCCCGGGCAGUCUGAACGAGGUUCGAGACAUCGCCCGCAACGCCGGCUCGCUCGUCCUCCGCUCCGGCGGCGUCAUCCGCGGCUACACAAACUGGGGAGUCUUCCGACUGCCCAAGACCACAACGAAACAUCAAGCCCGGUACACAGAGGGCCACCACUUCAUCAUGCGCUUCGACUCCGCCGCCCCCGUGCAGCUCGGUAUUCGCCGCCAAUUAUCGCUCGACCCCCGUAUGAUUCGUUUCUCGGUUGUCAAGCUGGGUGAGAAAUUGGAGGAGAUUAAGGAUAUCACAGGGGAGGUUGAGUGGAAUGAUAGGAAAGACUUGACGAGCUCGAUCUAA